GUUUAUUAUGUGUUUUAUAAUUUUUUCUCCUAGAAUUAUUGUUUAUCCUUGACUACAUUUUUACAUAAUUGCAUCAUUCAAUUGCUACUGUCUAUGAAGUUUGUUUUUCUUAUCCUAUUCAGAGCAUCUUUCCAACCCCCAAAGUAUUUUCCCAUGUUUUCUCCUGAGGGUUUAAAUUUUUCAAUAUUUAUAUUUUAAAAUAUGUUUAUAAUUUUAUUUUUAAAUGCACAUCUUUAAUUUAUUUGGAAUUUGUAUUUGCUGAGUGAGGUGGGAACUAAUUUUCUUCUCUCACAAAAAUAACAUAGUCCAAUAUCCCAAUACCGUUAAUUGAAUAAGCCUUUCUUUCCUUACCAAAUUGAAAUGUUGCUUUAUUACAUUUUAAAUUUCAAAUGUAUUUUUAUUACUUUCUGAAAUGUCUAUUAAGUUGUUCUGAUCCAUUCAAUAGCAAUAAUUAGCAUUUAUUUAGUGUUUCUUUGCCAGGCACUCUGCUAGGCAGUUUAUAGAAAGUAUUUAAUUUAAUUCUUGCAAAAUAAGUAUGAAUAGUUUAAUUUAACAGAUAUGGCUAGAUUUUUCAGAUGUGAAAAACUUGCCUUUUGUCAAUAAUCAGAAAGUCAGAAACCUGGGAUUGAACGUGGGGAAGCCUUCACAUAUGAUAAAUAUUUAAGUUAUGAGUUGGAAGAUCCGUAGAACUUUAACAAACACCAAAGGUAGGAAAGUAUGUUCCCGGGUUAGGAUAAAAGCUUGAGAAAAGUCAUGAAAGUUGGAAAACUCAGGUUUUGUGUGGAGAAUAGCUAGUACAGGUGAUCUUAUUAGCUUUGUUAGAGUGCCUAAAAAUGAUUAAAGCUGGAGAAGAGAGUAAUGAGAUUGUGGAGGGCUUUGCAUGAUUGAGAAGUUUGGAGUUUAUAAGUCAAUAAAUCAUUAUAUAAGGGUUAUAAAAGAAAACACAAUAAGACUUUUGUUUUGGGCACACCACCCAGAUGCAAUAUAGCUGAUGAAUUUGAAGAGGUUGAGGGUGGGAAGCUGGCAGAUGGGGAGAUCGGAUUAUUUUGGGAUGCUAUUGCAACAGAACAGGUGAAGGAUGAUUAAGGUCUAAGCAAGGGGAGUAAGUGAGAACAGGUUCUAGGCAUUGCUGAGAUGUGAUCAGAAACCUUUGUUUAUAUUUAUGCUUGCAUUGAUAAUGCGCUAAGUGAAAGAAUAACAUUGUAUACUCUCAGUCAAGUCAUUAAUGAUUGAUUCCAUGAUCUAACAUUCAGCUUUUUGUGGAAAUUAUAGCUGGCUCUGCCUACUAACUCUCACUUUCUCUAGUCUUUGUAGAGAGACUCCCAAAGCAGAAAUGUUUUCUGCUAAUCUCACCACCUUUCAUCCCACUGUGUUCAUCCUACUUGGCAUCCCAGGACUUGAGCAAUACCAUACCUGGCUUUCCAUUCCUUUCUGCCUCAUGUAUAUCACUGCAGUCUUGGGAAAUGGAGCCCUCAUUCUUGUUGUCUUCAGUGAACGCACCCUGCACGGACCCAUGUAUGUCUUCCUAUCUAUGCUGGCUGGCACUGACAUUCUGCUGUCUACAACCACUGUACCCAAGGCUCUGGCUAUCUUCUGGUUCCAUGCUGGGGAGAUAGCUUUUGAUGCCUGCAUUACCCAGAUGUUUUUCAUCCAUGUUGCUUUUGUGGCUGAGUCAGGAAUCCUGCUGGCCAUGGCAUUUGACCGCUUUGUGGCCAUUUGUACUCCCUUGAGAUACACAGCCAUCUUAACUCCUGUGGCAAUUGGAAAAAUGACCCUGGCCAUCUGGGGACGAAGCAUUGGGACAAUUUUUCCUAUCAUAUUCUUGCUGAAGAGACUGCCAUACUGUCGGACCAAUAUCAUCCCCCACUCAUACUGUGAGCACAUUGGGGUGGCCCGACUGGCCUGUGCUGACAUCACUGUCAAUAUUUGGUAUGGCUUCUCAGUGCCAAUGGCAUCAGUUUUGGUAGAUGUUGCACUCAUUGGUGUUUCCUACACUUUGAUCCUCCAAGCUGUGUUUAGACUUUCUUCCCAGGAUGCGCGGCACAAGGCUCUCAAUACCUGUGGUUCUCACAUUGGAGUUAUUCUUCUCUUCUUCAUCCCAUCCUUUUUUACUUUCCUGACCCACCGCUUUGGCAAGAAUAUCCCCCACCAUGUCCAUAUCCUUCUGGCAAAUCUCUACGUAUUAGUUCCCCCCAUGCUUAACCCCAUCAUCUAUGGAGCAAAGACCAAGCAAAUCAGGGACAGUUUGGCUCACAUGUUAUCUAUUGUGGGGAAGUCUUAAGACAACUCAUGGUUCCUUCAUAGUUUUCUCUUAUCAUAGGAGAAAAGAGAACUUGUCAAUCAAAUUUCCAAGUUUGGGCACUAUAGUGUGUUGUAGAAGAAAGCAUACAUGGGCUUUGAAAUAAAAUAUAUUUAGAUUCAAAUCCUGGCUUCCUUGCUUCCUUUCCUUUCUUUUUUUAUUAUUGCAAAAAAUUUUUAAUGAUUAAUCUUUAAUUUAGGUUAAAUAUUGCUUUUAAUGAGGCCGACACCCCCUGUGCAGAAAGGGCUCUGAAGAGAUAGAUGUUCAUAGCAGUUCACAUCUGUGGCUCUUCUUUGGUUCUGGAGGGUCCAGGGAAGCCAAUAGUGCUUUGUCAAAUACAUUCUUUAGGCCUAUAUGUGUGAGUGCAGAACACUCCACAUACUUAACAGACUUCUCCGGAGUGAUGGGCUUCUGUUUGUUCUUGGAAAGGUUCUCAAUAGUAGAGAGGGUCAUCUCUGAGAUGAAUUUGCAUCCCAACAAGCAAGAAAGGAGUCUUUGGACUGUAGUGAGUUAUCUCAGGUACCCAUUUUUCUUUCACAUUUUCAAAUCAGGAAGGAGAGACCACUGAAAAACAGACUAGAAUUACAUCUGUUUGUGGAUAACUCAGUGGUCAUAAUCUAUCAUAUUAAUGAUCCUUUGUCAGUAUCAAAAGGCCCAAGAAUAUAUAUCUCUCCACCAAUCAUAACUUUGACUGCAUAGCUGUCAAAAACAAUCAGUACAUAUUCAGAUGGAAAUUUGUUUGUUGUAUAGGAUAUCAGGAGACAUAUCUUAUUGAUAGUACCAUCACUCACAACAAAGCAGUUAAUUGUGAGCAUUGCUGAAAUAAUUUUGUAUCUACUUCAAGUAUUUCAAAUCUGAUGUUGACCUCAAUUUCUUCACCUGGGCGUUGGCAGCACUCUGUGGGGUCUCCUCAGCUGCUGGACAGGGGCACGCACUUGACCCCAGCUCCUUAACUUUCUGAUUUUUGAAAAUCAAGGGGAAGUUCUCAUCUUUUGGAAAUUUAGUCCUAAAAUUAAACCACUUAUAUCUAUGUUCUAAAGUUUAUGUGAGGAUUAAAUAUAUAAACUACUUUGCACAUUGCCCAGCAUUAUAUGGGAUGUUAAUCUUAGCCUUAGCUAUAAUUCUAACUUGAAGUUUGUCUCAUGAGGAAGACAUCUUAAAUUUGAUGUACAUGAGAUUUCCAGUGCUUCCAGAGGCUCCUCUGUCUUCUCCUGCUUACCUUCCAAGACUAUAUCAUGACUAUAGUCAUCUCCAACGUCAUUGUCAUUAUAAUAAGUUUGUUUUAUAGAUUAAAUUAGGUAACAAAUAUGAAAAAGUACUUUAAAAAAAACUAAGAAACUAUCCUCAUUAUUAUAUUUAAAAAAUUCCUUUACUCAUCCAGGAAUUGGGAUGAGUGACACAUACAUAGGCAGUACCCAUAGAAAGCCAAGGGUCUGAGUUGAACAUAUGAACAAAGAGCAAGUUAUGGAGUCACAUUGAUAACAGGAAAAAUGAUAUAUUACACAAUAUGUUAGAAAGAUGUUAGAAAGAUGAAGAAAGCUAAUGUUAGAUGUUAGAAAGAUGUUAGAAAGAUGAAGAAAGCGAAUAUUCUAUAAUUCUAUAUCCUCUUGUCUCUACCUUUUCCUAAUCAGAGCCAGUUAUAUGACCUUAAAUUCCAUUUCCAAAUUAUGAUGACUUCCAAAUUGAUACCUCCAUCUGAGUCUUUCCCUUGAGAUCCAUAUUCAUAUAUUCAGUUAUUUCUUGACAUCUCCAGUGGUAUGUCUAGUAGGUAUCUCAAAAUAAACAUGUCUGUAAUAGAAAGGAUAGCCUAGGCCAUCAAGCUAUAAAAAACAUACAAUUUCAGUGAAUUAACAAAACAAAGUUCAUUCUUCUCUCAAAGUAUAGUGUAUGUCAAUAGUAUCUCUCCUCCAUUUGGUGGGUCAGGAAUCCUGGAUCCCUCCAUCUUUUUUUUUUUAUUUCAAGAAAAUAUGAGAGUACAAACAUUUUGGUUGCAUUUUAUA